UUUUCUCCAUCUUUCCCUGCUGAAAAAAACAUAGUAUUCAUUUAACUACUUCACUUAGCAGGCUCAAGAAUAUCUAUUUCUUUAGUAAAGUUUAGAUCUUUGAGAGAUAAAAAAAGGGAUCUUUUCUUAUACUUAUCAAGUUUUCUUAGUUUGUAAACUGGUAUGAUGUCCAUUAAAAAGGGUCUUUACGUUUAAGGGAAUUGACCCUUUGGAGUUGUCACUCUGAUUUUAUUUAGAAAAGCAACAACUGUGACUGCAAGAAUUGGUUUAUGUCUGUUUAGCUUAUUCAAUUCUUGAACUUGCCAAUUUGAAUUUAUAGGUUCAUGUAAUUUUUAUAAGUGGUGCCCGGGCAGCUUGGGCGCAUUCCACAGAGUACUUGCUACCUCUCACUAGCAUAGGUACCGAGUAACGCUGUCACCAAGCUUAGGCAAUUUACUGGUUCAUGUUAAAGUUGUCCUUUCUCUGAAUUAAAUUAUGUUAUUUUAUGCAAAUGCACUGAUUAAAUCCAGAAGUUAUUACUACAGUUGCAAAGCUGAAGGCAUCAUAAAUUUCAGAUUCUUACUAAAAAUGGGGGCUUCAGAAGCAGCCCUACACUUUUUAUCCGGGGAAUUUUCAUGUCAGUUCCGAACAAGUUCAAUUUUGGCGAAAUCGAGCUCUUUACUUUGCUAUGAGCAUUGUUUAAAAAGUAGAAAUUUUGGGGACACGAGUUAUCAGCAGAUCAAGGGUUUAAGUAAGUGGAAAUAUUGCUCAAGGUUAAAUGCUUUUCGCGGCAUACAUAGUGUUUUUCGCGUAGAAAAACUUCAAAAUCAGUUCAAUUCAUUGAUCUGCAAUUGCCAACAACCUGAAAGAUUCAAUGAGACAAUCAUUAAGGAUGGAAAUGGGAGGUCAAUUCACACAAUUAGUUCAAACAUUCCAAAUCAUGCUCAAGAUGAACAGAUGAUUAAGCAGGAAAAUGGAGCUCAGCUUUUCAGUAAAGGCCUGAAAACUGCUGCCACGGUUAAUAGUGCUUUGCCUAGGACCAACACGGACUCUAUUGAAGAUGAAGCGUGGCAUUUCUUGCGAGCGGCCAUGGUUUAUUACUGUGGCACCCCAAUUGGAACUAUAGCUGCUAAUGAUCCAAGUGAAGCAACUAUGCUAAACUAUGAUCAAGUAUUUAUACGUGAUUUUAUACCUUCUGGGAUAGCGUUCCUACUAAAAGAAGAAUAUGAUAUCGUGAGGAAUUUCAUACUUCACACACUUCAGUUGCAGAGUUGGGAGAAAACAAUGGAUUGCUAUAGUCCAGGUCAAGGACUGAUGCCCGCCAGCUUCAAAGUGCGUACUGUUCCACUUGAUAAUGACGAAUCUGCAACAGAAGAUGUAUUGGAUCCAGACUUUGGUGAGGCAGCAAUUGGUCGGGUUGCACCUGUUGAUUCAGGAUUGUGGUGGAUUAUACUGCUACGGGCAUAUGGGAAAUGCUCUGGAGAUUUGUCUCUUCAGGAGAGGGUUGAUGUCCAAACUGGAAUGAAGAUGAUUCUUAAGUUAUGUCUUGCAGAUGGUUUUGAUAUGUUUCCAACUUUGUUGGUGACUGAUGGUUCUUGCAUGAUAGAUCGCCGUAUGGGAAUCCAUGGCCACCCUCUGGAAAUUCAGGCAUUAUAUUAUUCAGCCUUACUUUGUGCACGAGAGAUGCUUGCUCCAGAGGAGGCAUCAACAGACCUUGUUAGAGCACUUAACAAUCGGCUUCUAGCAUUGUCAUUUCAUAUCAGGGAAUACUACUGGAUCGAUGUGAAAAAAUUGAACGAGAUUUAUAGAUACAAAACAGAGGAAUAUUCAUAUGAUGCGAUCAACAAGUUCAAUAUAUAUCCGGAUCAAAUUCCUCCCUGGCUGGUGGAAUGGAUGCCUAGUAAAGGGGGCUAUCUUAUUGGAAACUUGCAGCCAGCUCACAUGGAUUUCCGGUUCUUUGCACUUGGGAACUUAUGGUCCAUUGUUAGCAGUCUUGCUACAAUAGAUCAGUCACAUGCUAUUUUAGAUCUUAUUGAAGCCAAAUGGGAGGACUUAGUAGCUGAUAUGCCACUAAAGAUAUGUUAUCCUGCUCUUGAGAGCCAGGAAUGGCGCAUUAUUACUGGCGGUGAUCCGAAAAACACGCCUUGGUCUUACCAUAACGGAGGAUCCUGGCCAACUUUGCUCUGGCAGCUGACAGUGGCAUGCAUAAAAAUGAAGAGGCCAGAAAUAGCUGAAAAGGCAAUUAAGAUUGCAGAGAGACGCUUAGCGAGAGACAAGUGGCCCGAAUACUAUGAUACAAGGCGAGGAGGGUUCAUCGGGAAACAGGCACGUCUCUUUCAGACUUGGACUAUUGCAGGAUAUCUAGUGGCAAAGCAACUUAUUGCCAAUCCAGAAGCUGCAAAGAUUUUAAUCAAUGUGGAGGAUACAGAACUUCUAAGUGCCUUCUCAAGCAUUCUGAGUUCAAACCCAAGGCGAAAACGUUCACGAAAAGGAGUCAAACAGUCUUUCAUCAUAUGAAAAUUUUCUUUUUGUUACUUAAGCUUUUGUGUAAUAUUGGUUUGAGAUGAGCUUAAAUGUAACGAUAUGGUUAGUGAAGAUUCAUAUAUAUGGGAUUGAGACAUAGUUGUAGUUGUUACUUAAAAAAGCGUUUGUAUAGUUACUAUAUCUGCGCGAUAUACCGCUGAUUGAAAAUUUGUGGCAACAUGGCAUAUGAAGGUGCUGUCCUGUAUCAAUUUUCCCUCUGUAAAUUCAUCAUAAUCCCAGCACAUUGUAUCUGAUUUUCUUUUUCAUAUUUCA